ACCAAGAGAGACCCACGGAGCGGUAAGAGAUUCAGACUGUGAACCUUACGAUUUUCUGAGCAGUUGGACAACACUUAAAAGGGCCUAAAGAGAAAGAAAGAAUCCCUUGAAUAGGCUGUUCGGCUUGAAGACAAGACUCGUAGCGUCGUUGCCUAAACCUUUCGUAUUGUAUUCUCCAGCGCAAAGUAGUAACAAGGGAUUGAGUCAUGAGCGGCUAAGAGGCUCCACCUAUUUUUGAUCAAAUCCCGCAGCACCCGUAAUAGCAGCAGUUUGGCCUCUAUCUGGUGAAGCAGUGCCCGCGUUUAUGAGUAGGUGUCCAGUUGUUUUAUGAGUUGUUGCUGUCAGGGGAAAAGAUGCCCCAUAGGUUUGUACCUGAACUAUUGGAUAUUCCGCUCCUAGGGUUUAUGAAGAAAGGCUUCUGGGAAUAGAAUCAAGAGAGAGAAGUGCCUUAUAAGAAGGCUUGAAACUGGAGCGAAGCAACUCGACUAAACAUAGGUUAGCUUCCUUAGAAGAUUCAACUAGCGCUUAGAGUUCGGUGCGAGGAUCAACUCCGUACCCUUCCUUCAGAUAUUUACUGCUUUGCACGAGCUGAGACAGUGUAGAUAGAUCCGGAUAAGGCAAAGACCACAUUCCUACUGCUAUAACUAAGACUGGAAAUUCCCUAAAAUAAAAACAUACUUUUUGUUGCAUCGAUCGAUUGGCUUAGAAGUUGGAACCUUCUUUUCUCAACUCAAAUGCUUCGAGUUUAAGUUAGUGUUCAUUGCUUACUAGUAAAUAGAUAUUCUAAGUUUCUCCUAAGUGGGAUAGAAGGAAGAUAAUAGCGGAUUUCCCACAAAAUGAAUUCUACCAAACCAUUCUCCUUUGAAUUAGACUGCUCGCGACCUAUGUCAAUCAAAGGAAUGAAUGGUUGACAGGCGAUGGAUAAAAAGAAGUGGAAGAAAGAUGUGCGAUUACCACUUCGAUUAAAGAGUAAGGUACUUUCUACUUGAACUUCUAAGGGAAUGCUAAUUUGCUUAAGGGGGGUUCUUACUUGACUUAGGUGUGAAGAUACCUGUACAUACAAAGAGACAGGUAGCUUAGCUCCUUCGACGAGUUGGCUAGACUCUUAUCGAAAUUGCGUAGAUAGAGAAAAUAAGAUCGAUUAGAAGGCGCUUCCCAUACUUGCUUGCUGAAAAUCAAAGAAAGAAGGUCCAUUUUCCCACAUAGUUCGUCGGUCAAACCAACGAUUUCUUCUCAAAGUAAUAGAGAGAUCUUUUUCUAGUUAGACUUCUAUCAAUGCAAUGAAAGAACCAUCCCUUCCUAUUUCUUUGUCUUGUCAGAUAGAAAGAAAAUGAGACCCCAAAGAGCCCCUCUUUACCACUUUAGGGGGUGGGGGUGAAGGGGGGUUUACAUACAACUGAGGCAAAGUGCUUUAUGAUUGAAUCUCAAAGGCAUUCUUUUCAUUUGGUAGAUCCAAGUCCAUGGCCUAUUUCGGGUUCACUCGGAGCUUUGGCAACGACCGUAGGAGGUGUGAUGUACAUGCACUCAUUUCAAGGGGGUGCAACACUUUUAAGUUUGGGCCUUAUUUUUAUCCUAUAUACCAUGUUUGUAUGGUGGCGUGAUGUUCUACGCGAAUCCACGUUAGAAGGACAUCAUACCAAAGCCGUACAAUUAGGACUUCGAUAUGGUUUUAUUUUGUUCAUCGUAUCGGAGGUUAUGUUCUUUUUUGCUUUUUUUUGGGCUUUUUCUCAUUCUUCUUUGGCACCUGCGGUAGAGAUCGGAGGUAUUUGGCCCCCAAAAGGGAUUUGGGUUUUAGAUCCCCGGGAAAUCCCUUUUCUUAAUACCCUUAUUCUUCUUUCAUCCGGAGCUGCCGUAACUUGGGCUCAUCAUGCUAUACUCGCGGGGAAGCAAAAACGAGCAGUUUACGCUUUAGUAGCUACCGUUUUACUGGCUCUAGUAUUCACAGGCUUUCAAGGAAUGGAAUAUUAUGAAGCACCCUUCACUAUUUCGGAUAGUAUUUAUGGUUCUACCUUUUUCUUAGCAACAGGCUUUCAUGGUUUUCAUGUGAUUAUAGGUACUCUUUUCUUGAUUAUAUGUGGUAUUCGCCAAUAUUUUGGUCAGAUGACCAAGGAACAUCACGUUGGCUUUGAAGCAGCUGCAUGGUACUGGCAUUUUGUAGACGUGGUUUGGUUAUUCUUAUUUGUCUCUAUCUAUUGGUGGGGAGGUAUAUGAAGGAACGAAUCAGUGGAUUGAAGAAUGAAAGCUCGAAGACAAAGAAAAUCGGGCUUUUCCAAAGAAUUACUGCAGCUUUCCCACUCCCUUUGAUUAUAAUAAAAAAAAAAAGUCUCUUCCACUUUCCUACCCAAUCU